AUGUUGGGACAGAGCAUCCUGAGGGUCACAACCUCUGUGCUCUGUAGGAACCACUAUGAGGAGGGCCCAGGGAAGAAUAGGUCAUUUCCAGUGCAACACAAGUGGUGGUUACUAAUUACGGUGACUGUGUACUUUGGAUCUGGAUUCGCUGCACCUUUUUUAAUAGUAAGACACCAACUGCUUAAGAAAUAA